AUGGCAGUCUCUACUUAUGCUUUACAAGUAAAUGGAUCUUUUCAAACCCAUUUCAUCUCUCAGAGUUUUAAUCACCUGAAAACCUCACUUUCCUCAACUGUUAAGCCUCUAUUCAAAGAGUUGCAGCAACUUCAAAUCAAGAAGGUGAAUAAUGUCUCUGAAACCAUGAAAAACACUUCUGGGAAAAUGUUAGAUGCACUUAUCAACUCCAUGUUCAAAUUUGUGGAUCAACCAUUGCUCCCUUCUCAGAAAAACUUUGCUCCAGUUGAAGAGAUUGGCAGCCUUGUUGAGAUCAACUGCACUGAAGGAGAAAUUCCCCCAGAUUUUGCUGAGGGUGUUUUCAUAAGAAACGGUAACAAUCCAUUAUUUGGAGGUCUGAAAUCAGCAGUGUCGAUUUUUGGACAAUCAAGCCACACUUGGGUAGAGGGAGAAGGCAUGCUUCAUGCACUCUACUUAAAAAAAGAUGGUGAUGGAAGUUGGAUUAUCUCCUACAACAACAGAUAUGUUGAGACUGAAACAUUUAAGCUAGAGAAACAGAAGCACAACAAGCCAUGUUUCUUACCAGCCCUAGAAGGAGAUGCAGCAGCAGUUAUAGCAGCAUAUAUUCUGAAUGGGUUGAGAUUUGGCGAUGUCAAUAAAUACUUAAGCAACACCAAUGUCUUUAUGCAUUCAGGGAGGGUUUACUCGAUUACAGAGAAUUAUCUGCCUCAAGAGUUGGACAUCUCAACCUUAGAAACUCUUUCUGAUUGGGAUGUCAAUGGAGGUUGGGAUCGACCUUUCACCAGCCAUCCCAAGAAAGCUCCAAACUCUGGAGAACUAGUCAUAAUGGGGACAGAUGCAAAGAAACCUUACUAUGUUCUGGGGGUUAUCUCUGCUGAUGGAAAGAACCUGCAUAAGGUUGAUCUCAAAUUCAAAAGAAGUGUGCUUAGCCAUGAUAUUGGAGUCACACAGAAGUACAAUGUAAUCAUUGAUCAUCCCCUCACAAUGGAUUUGAAAAGACUCGUCAUGGGUGGCCAAUUAAUGAAGUAUGAAAAGGAAGGGUAUGCGAGGAUUGGGGUGAUGCCACGCUACGGUGAUGCAGAGUCAGUCAAAUGGUUUGAGGUACAAACCAAUUGCACAUUUCACAUUCUCAACUGUUUUGAGGAGGGUAAUGAGGUUGUAGUGAGGGGAUGUAGGGCUCUAUCAUCUUUCAUACCAGGCCCUGAUGGUGGUUUAAACAAGUAUGAGUGGUACUCAAAAGGGUUCAACUUUGAAGCUCCUGCUAGCAAAGAUUUGGCUGCAGAGGUUGGAUAUCUGCUUUCUCGUUUGUAUGAGUGGAGACUGAACAUGGUAACUGGGCAAGUUAAGGAGAGGAAUUUAACUGGAACUGAAUUCUCCAUGGAUUUCCCUUUCAUCAAUGAACAAGUAACUGGUUUGAAACACAAAUAUGGCUACACCCAAGUCAUUGAUUCUAUUGCAAGCUCUAACUCAGCCAUGGGUAAAUAUGGAUCUCUAGCCAAAUUAUAUUUGGAGGAAUCAAACUCUACGCCGUCUCUGGUGGGCAAGUGUGAGGAGUUGAUAAAGAUAGAAUACCAUAAGUUUGAGGACAACAACUUUUGCAGUGGAAGCGUUUUUGUGCCUAGACAUGAAGGCACGGAGGAAGAUGAUGGCUGGGUUAUCUCUUUUGUCCACAAUGAAGAAACGGAUGUCACCCAAGUUCAUGUGAUUGAUGCAAGGAAGUUCGAGGGUGAGGCCAUUGCAAAGCUGACAUUGCCACAGCGAGUGCCAUAUGGUUUUCAUGCAACUUUUGUUCCAAUGCCUUGUCAAUCUUAGCAAUUUACAUUAUGGUGAUUAUCUUCCUAGAUUCUCAUGAGGUGCAAUUUAAGCCACAAAAGUUUAGCCUCAACUGUUUGGCUGCUUUGGUAUCGUAUUAAUGGAUGUUAAGAAAUAAAUAA